AUGACGUGUGCCAGAUCUGUGGUUCUGUACGUGUUGGAGAGAUCUGUGGUUCUGUACGUGUUGGAGAGAUCUGUGGUUCUGUACGUGUUGGAGAGAUCUGUGGUUCUGUACGUGUUGGAGAGAUCUGUGGUUCUGUACGUGUUGGAGAGAUCUGUGGUUCUGUACGUGUUGGAGAGAUCUGUGGUUCUGUACGUGUUGGAGAGAUCUGUGGUUCUGUACGUGUUGGAGAGAUCUGUGGUUCUGUACGUGUUGGAGAGAUCUGUGGUUCUGUACGUGUUAGAGAGAUCUGUGGUUCUGUACGUGUUGGAGAGCUCUGUGGUUCUGUACGUGUUGGAGAGAUCUGUGGUUCUGUACGUGUUGGAGAGAUCUGUGGUUCUGUACGCGUUGGAGAGAUCUGUGGUUCUGUACGUGUUGGAAAGAUCUGUGGUUCUGUACGUGUUGGAGAGAUCUGUGGUUCUGUACGUGUUGGAGAGAUCUGUGGUUCUGUACGUGUUGGAGAGAUCUGUGGUUCUGUACGUGUUGGAGAGAUCUGUGGUUCUAUCUGUGGUUCUGUACGUGUUGGAGAGAUCUGUGGUUCUGUACGUGUUGGAGAGAUCUGUGGUUCUGUACGUGUUGGAGAGAUCUGUGGUUCUGUACGUGUUGGAGAGAUCUGUGGUUCUGUACGUGUUAGAGAGAUCUGUGGUUCUGUACGUGUUGGAGUCAUCUGUGGUUCUGUACGUGUUGGAGAGAUCUGUGGUUCUGUACGCGUUGGAGAGAUCUGUGGUUCUGUACGUGUUGGAGAUAUCUGUGGUUCUGUACGUGUUGGAGAUAUCUGUGGUUCUGUACGUGUUGGAGAGAUCUGUGGUUCUGUACGUGUUGGAGAGAUCUGUGGUUCUGUACGUGUUGGAGAGAUCUGUGGUUCUGUACGUGUUGGAGAUAUCUGUGGUUCUGUACGCGUUGGAGAGAUCUGUGGUUCUGUACGUGUUGGAGAGAUCUGUGGUUCUGUACGUGUUGGAGAUAUCUGUGGUUCUGUACGCGUUGGAGAGAUCUGUGGUUCUGUACGCGUUGGAGAGAUCUGUGGUUCUGUACGUGUUGGAGAGAUCUGUGGUUCUGUAUGCGUUGGAGAUAUCUGUGGUUCUGUACGUGUUGGAGAGAUCUGUGGUUCUGUACGUGUUGGAGAGAUCCGUGGUUCUGUAUGCGUUGGAGAUAUCUGUGGUUCUGUACGUGUUGGAGAGAUCUGUGGUUCUGUACGUGUUGGAGAGAUCUGUGGUUCUGUACGUGUUGGAGAGCUCUGUGGUUCUGUACGUGUUGAAGAGAUCUGUGGUUCUGUACGUGUUGGAGAGAUCUGUGGUUCUGUACGUGUUGGAGAGAUCUGUGGUUCUGUACGUGUUGGAGAGAUCUGUGGUUCUGUACGCGUUGGAGAGAUCUGUGGUUCUGUAUGCGUUGGAGAGAUUUGUGGUUCUGUACGCGUUGGAGAUAUCUGUGGUUCUGUACGUGUUGGAGAGAUCUGUGGUUCUGUACGUGUUGGAGAGAUCUGUGGUUCUGUACGUGUUGGAGAGAUCUGUGGUUCUGUACGUGUUGGAGAGAUCUGUGGUUCUGUACGUGUUGGAGAGAUCUGUGGUUCUGUGUGUGUUGGAGAGAUCUGUGGUUCUGUACGUGUUGGAGAGAUCUGUGGUUCUGUACGUGUUGGAGAGAUCUGUGGUUCUGUACGUGUUGGAGAGCUCUGUGGUUCUGUACGUGUUGGUGAGAUCUGUGGUUCUGUACGUGUUGGUGAGAUCUGUGGUUCUGUACGUGUUGGAGAGCUCUGUGGUUCUGUACGUGUUGGAGAGCUCUGUGGUUCUGUACGUGUUGGAGAGAUCUGUGGUUCUGUACGUGUUGGAGAGAUCUGUGGUUCUGUACGUGUUGGAGAGAUCUGUGGUUCUGUACGUGUUGGAGAGAUCUGUGGUUCUGUACGUGUUGGAGAGAUCUGUGGUUCUGUACGUGUUGGAGAGAUCUGUGGUUCUGUACGUGUUGGAGAGAUCUGUGGUUCUGUACGUGUUGGAGAGAUCUGUGGUUCUGUACGUGUUGGAGAGAUCUGUGGUUCUGUACGUGUUGGAGAGAUCUGUGGUUCUGUACGUGUUGGAGAGAUCUGUGGUUCUGUACGUGUUGGAGAGAUCUGUGGUUCUAUCUGUGGUUCUGUACGUGUUGGAGAGAUCCGUGGUUCUGUAUGCGUUGGAGAGAUGUGUGGUUCUGUACGUGUUGGAGAGCUCUGUGGUUCUGUACGUGUUGGAGAGAUCUGUGGUUCUGUACGUGUUGGAGAUAUCUGUGGUUCUGUACGUGUUGGAGAGAUCUGUGGUUCUGUACGUGUUGGAGAGAUCUGUGGUUCUGUACGUGUUGGAGAGCUCUGUGGUUCUGUACGUGUUGGAGAGAUCUGUGGUUCUGUACGUGUUGGAGAUAUCUGUGGUUCUGUACGUGUUGGAGAGAUCUGUGGUUCUGUACGUGUUGGAGAGAUCUGUGGUUCUGUACGUGUUGGAGAGAUCUGUGGUUCUGUACGUGUUGGAGAGCUCUGUGGUUCUGUACGUGUUGGAGAGAUCUGUGGUUCUGUACGUGUUGGAGAUAUCUGUGGUUCUGUACGUGUUGGAGAGAUCUGUGGUUCUGUACGUGUUGGAGAGAUCUGUGGUUCUGUACGUGUUGGAGAGAUCUGUGGUUCUGUACGUGUUGGAGAGAUCUGUGGUUCUAGCUCUCUCAGGACAGAGCUCUCUCAGGACAGAGCUCUCUCAGGACAGAGCUCUCUCAGGACAGAGCUCUCUCAGGACAGAGCUCUCUCAGGACAGAGCUCUCUCAGGACAGAGCUCUCUCAGGACAGAGCUCUCUCAGGACAGAGCGCUCUCAGGACAGAGCUCUCUCAGGACAGAGCUCUCUCAGGACAGAGCUCUCUCAGGACAGAGCGCUCUCAGGACAGAGCUCUCUCAGGACAGAGCUCUCUCAGGACAGAGCUCUCUCAGGAUAGAGCUCUCUCAGGACAGAGCGCUCUCAGGACAGAGCUCUCUCAGGACAGAGCUCUCUCAGGACAGAGCUCUCUCAGGACAGAGCUCUCUCAGGACAGAGCUCUCUCAGGACAGAGCGCUCUCAGGACAGAGCUCUCUCAGGACAGAGCUCUCUCAGGACAGAGCUCUCUCAGGACAGAGCUCUCUCAGGACAGAGCUCUCUCAGGACAGAGCUCUCUCAGGACAGAGCUCUCUCAGGACAGAGCUCUCUCAGGACAGAGCUCUCUCAGGACAGAGCUCUCUCAGGACAGAGCUCUCUCAGGACAGAGCUCUCUCAGGACAGAGCGCUCUCAGGCCUCCGGGAGAGCGGCUCUGA